CGCCCGUACCCAGUCCGCACAACUUUGGCGCGCCCAAACGUUUCGGAGAACUUGGCGACCGACCGCAGAACAUCGCUGAUCACGCACCUCGAUUAUUUUCCUCAUACUUUUUCAGUGACUUGUGAAUAAGUUGUCGUGUACUAAACUUUUAUUUUAACUGAUAUAGACUUGCAAUUCACAUCGAAAUUCGACAUUUUAGACGAGAUAUAUUUACGACUCUCAGCAAUUAAAUAACUACGCUAAUAUGAUGUCGUGGGCGAUCUGGUGCGCUAUGGUGGUAGCGGGCUGCGCGUGCGCAGAGGCCGCACCUGCAUCUAACGCGCUUACACCUGCUAUCGACUGGGCGCAGUUCGACUCAACGGCACCCGACGAUGAAAGCAUCGGCUACGCUGUUCCUUCCAUGAGCGGACGCUUCACGGCCGGCGCGCCUUGGCUCUACCUCUUAGCUGAAGUACCGCGUGAUUCUCAGAAUGUCGCCGAAAUCCACGAAGGGCGCGCGAGGCCGAAACGGAAGAUGCCGUCGCUCUCCAUCAACAAUCCCAUGGAGGUGCUCCGCCAGCGACUCCUGCUCGAAGUGGCCCGCAAACAAAUGCGCGAAGCAAACCAACGGCAGGCGGUCGCCAACAGAGUCUUCUUGCAAAACGUUGGCAAACGAGGUUUUUGGGCUAAUUCAGUAUCAUCUCGCUACGACAAUUAAAGAGUACUGGGAGCCGUUUUUAGUUCUGCGGAUGCUCUCGCCACCUGCGUACAAGACUCUGCGACACCAUCUAUAUUUUCGAGAGAACAAACCUAACAAUAUGUAUAAUUUAAAUAGUAGUUAACGAAUGCAGUAUUAUUUGAUCCGGUAAUUAAAAUCAUGAAUGCAAAAGUAGCAAUUUUAGACGCGAAGCUUAAUUUUAAAAAUAUCCUUCGUAGUGUUUAGAAUGCAAGACACUCGGCAGAAUUACGUCUACUUUAAAAUUUAUUAAGGAAAUUAAGUCCUCUUCGAGAUACUAUAAUUAACAGAAUUACCGUCCUUAUUUUAACUGCUUAUUAAUAUAUUUCGUUUCGUUUAUUUUACAAUAACUUCGGUGUGAAUGUUAACUGGCUCAACAUUCACUCCAAACACAGUGUUAUUAUAUAUUAUUUACAUAAUUUAAAAGAUUUUUUUUCUAGUUGUAGGUAUUUUAUAUGAUUUGUGCCAAAUAAAUUUGGAUAUCGAUAUAAACUGAUUCUAUAACUACAGUAAUAUCUAUAACUAUCUAUCUUAGUAAAUUGUAAUUGUAUAAAAAAACGAACUAUCCACCUAUUUUUAUGUUACUUAUAGAUAUGUACAGGUUAGCUGUUACAUGUAAAUCUUAUGUUAUAAUCAUUGAUCUCUAUUAGCUUAUAAAUGUAGGCGAAUGUAAUAGUCUAUAACAUUUAAAUAUUAAUUACGUUCAAUAAAAACGUUAAAUUAU